AUGCCUCUCCGCGGACCCGUGCCGGUGAAGCUGUACAAGAAGGAGGACAGCGAGAAGAUCAGCGUCGGGCCGAUGACCAUCUACAUCUUCGAGGACGGGAGCAACACGGACAACCGGAUCGGGUGCAUGACGCUCGAGCUGCCGCCGGCCACGUCCGGGCCCCCGAUGCACUGGCACCGGUUCCACGACGAGUGCUUCUUCGUGACCAAGGGAACGGUACGCUUCAAGACACCCGACGGGGAUGUCGACGCCCAGGAGGGCCAGCUCAUGGUCGUUCCCCCGCGGGCAAUCCACACCUUCGCCAACCCGUCCGAGACCGAGCCUGCCGAGUUCUUCAUGACCUCCACCCCAGACUGCGGACGGGGACCCUUGCACAAGUAG